AAAGCCGCCAUUGGUAGGAGACUACCGCGACAGGUAUCUGUGGUAGAUGCGCGGCAAACAGCAUAGGGGGACGACGUUUCUUUUCUUAUAUUUUAAAGAAUUUAUUAGUACGAAUGAAGUCGAUAAAUUUAUUACAAUUUGAUUCUAUUAUUCUUAUAAUGAUGAUAAAUAGUGACGUGGUGUGAAGUGUAUUAUUUCUAUUAAGCUAAUUCUUGGAAUCUUUUACCAAAGAAUCUUAGGUGCUGUAUCAUAAACUUGCAGAUAUUUCAGUGAACAAGCCAAAAUGGGCUGUGCUUCACAGUGUGCCAAGUAUUUUCUAUGUUUCUUCAAUUUCGUUUUUUUCGUAGCAGGAGGUGCUGCAUUAGCAGUUGGAGUUUGGCUCUUCGCCGAUAGAAAUUCUUUUGCCGAUCUCAUCGGCAAACUCGAUCAAUCAGACAUUCUGAAUAAAACGGAUGCGGAUGUCAUCAGGAUAAUAUCAUAUAUCUUGAUUUUGGCAGGAGCAUUGACAUUUUUGGUCAGUUUUCUUGGAUAUUGUGGAGCAAUGUUUGAAUCUCGGUGUCUUCUUUGUAUUUAUGGUGUUCUUAUUCUUGUGGUUUUGAUCCUGGAAUGUAUUGUAGUAGGUUUGGCUUUUGGCCUUAAAGGAGAUGCUGAACAAAGUACAAGAAAUUUUCUCAAAUCUACAAUCAAAUAUUAUGCCAAUAACAUUGAUAAAACAGAAACAAUUACAGUAACUUGGGAUGGUAUAAUGACACAGUUACAUUGUUGUGGAGUGGAAAAUUACUUGGAUUUUCGAGAGAACACAAAUUGGACAUCAGAUAAAAUUGUACCUGAAGCAUGUUGUAUAAAAGAGAACACUGUUUUAAAGGAUCCAUCCUGUCCUAUUAGUCCUACUUCUAAUAAUUCUUAUUAUAAGGAGGGUUGUUAUAAUGCAAUAAUGAGGACAAUUGAAGAAAAUGCAGCUAUAGUAAUCGGCGUUGCGGCUGGAUUAGCAUUUGCCGAAAUCUUGGUUAUUAUUUUAGCUCUGCAUUUGGCAUGCUGCUAUUGGCGACCGCAACAUGCUUGCAUCGACGUAUCGUCGAAACAGGCUUGGUGAACUAACAACAAUGAAAAUGUAUUUAUGUUUUCAACUAAACAUAGAAGAUUAAGCGUUUCUUUUUCAGACUGCUUUUGAAUUAAAAUAAAGCUAAUAUUUAUUUUAUUUUAAUUAUAUUUCAAUAAUAUUAAAAAUUUUUUCAAAUUAAGAAAAAAUAGAGGAUAAUUUUUUAUAUAACUAAAAUUAUCAGUAUUACUAUAAAUAUUGAAUAAAUUUGAAACAAUAAAUGUUAAAAUAAAAGUUCAAAUUAUUAACAUUUGAAUAUUUGAUUAAAUGUUAUUAAAAUUUGUAAUUAAUUGUUUAUUUUUAAUAAUAUUUGUAUAUUGGAAAUAUAUUUUUGAUUUUCAAUAUUGUAUAUUAAUAAUAUUAUUAAUUGAUAAAAAAUAUAUGUAUUCAUAAAAUAGAUUUUAUACAUUUAUAUUAUAAUUUAUUAAAAUUUUUAUAUAUUGUAAAAUUAUUUCUGCGAAUAGUCUAUUGUAAUUAUAAUGUAACGAACUAGAGCAGUUCACGCAAUCAUUUGUCAGUUCAUAUCGCGCAAAAAACAUUUUCGUUUGCAGUUUUAACUUCUUGGUGCUGCUGUUGACCUCAUACACUAACAGUGAGCUCUUCAUAUCUUCUUGGCUCCUUUCUUCACAGAAGCGAAUCAUUGGUUUAAACUUACUUGAAACUAACCCAGGAUAUAUUCAUCAUUUAUCUAAUUACAUUUUAUUACUUCAUUAAAAAAUUUAUAACAUUGAAUAUGUUAAGUAAUUAAAUAAUAAUAAUUAAAUAAUUCUCAUAUUUCAUAAUAAUUUAAAUUUAUGAAUUAAAUCAUUGGAUUGGAUUAAUAGUUAAAGUAUAAAAUUUUUAGAUUCACAAUUAUUUCAUUUUUUCAAAGAAAAUGUUCAAUAGUUAUUAAUUUAAUGAAAAAAUUAAUCUUAUGAAAAAUUGUUUAAUUUUAAAAACAAACUAUAAAGUACAAAACCAAAUAAAAAAUUUAAGAAUAACAUUUUAUACAAAAAAUUACACAUGCUUGCGUUGAACUACUUUGUAUAUACAUAUAUUUAAACUAAUUAAUACAAAAUACUACAUUAUAUUAUUUUAUUAAGUUAUAUUAUAUAUACUAUAUUAUAUAUACAUUAAUGUGUAUAGUCGACACAUAAUCUUCCUCUUAAGAUAAUUAAAAUGUAUAAUAAAAAUUUGUAAUGUUUUAUAAUGUACAUUUUACAUUGUUUUAUAAUGUACAAGAAUCGUGAUAAAGAUUUUGUAUUCUUUGUAAA